UAGCUUCCGACAGCUUUCAAUGACUUCUCAUCUCAGCUCAUCUCACUCACUCAAUUCAACACCAACACCUCUCAUUGACGUAGCUUCAUAGCCUUUAUAUCCAUCGAGUUUCGAAUUCUCACCACUGUACUGAGCAAUCGAAUAACCGCAAUCAUGUUCACCGGCAUCGUCGAGGAAAUCGGAGUCGUCUCCGAACUCAACCCCAACGACGAGACAGGAGGCACCUCCCUCACAAUCACCCUCCCCGAGUCCUCCACCCUUCUCUCAGACUGCCACCUCGGCGACUCAAUCGCCAUCAACGGCGUCUGCCUCACCGUCACAUCCUUCGAGCCCUCCGGCCCCCCCUCCUUCAAGGUCGGCGUCGCCCCCGAGACCCUGCGCAUCACCAACCUCGGCUCCCUGGUCAAGGAUUCCCGCGCCAACCUCGAGCGCGCCGUUCGCGCCGACACCCGCAUGGGCGGCCAUUUCGUCCAGGGCCACGUCGACACCACGGCCACCAUCCUGGCCGUCACGCCCGACGGCAACGCCCUCACGUUCCGCUUCGCGCCGCGGGACAAGGCUGUUCUGCGCUACAUCAUCUACAAGGGCUACGUCGCGCUCGACGGCACGAGCUUGACCGUGACGCAGGUCAAUGACGAGGAAGGCUGGUGGGAGGUCAUGUUGAUUAGCUACACGCAGGAAAAGGUUGUCGUCGCGAGCAAGAAGCCCGGUGAUACCGUCAACAUUGAGGUUGACAUGAUGGCAAAGUAUGCGGAGAAGAGCCUCGCGGGGUACCUUGGCGGUGCUGGCAGCGCUCCGUUGGAGAGAAUGGUUGAGCGGAUCGUGGCUCAGGGACUUGGUGGCAGGUCUUGAGGAGAGAGUGUAUGUAUGUAUGUAAUGAAAAGAAAACGUCAUUCCUAGGUUUUUAUAUGAGCUUCUUUUUACAGCUA